GAGAAGUACAGGAAAGUACAGAGAUAGCGUACAGAAUAGCUAGAAAAUGGUUAAUUGUUGACUAUGAGAAUGGCCAGCCACAGUACAGGUACAGGCCAAACAAUGGCAGAUAAGAAUGUCGAAUGGUAUGCGGUGGUUGGUCGAGGUUUCAGGAGAAUAUGGUUACUGGCAGGACUCUAUCUGUGUCUAUAUACUCUACUGGCAGCCGUGCAUGUACACUACACACCACUCACCACACUGCCAGUCUUUCUUUUUUGAUAACAAUCUGAAAUGAAUUGAGGGCUAUACAAUGAGAGGUAUCAUU